UAAGGCACGAACCCAGAUAGUAAGUGUAGGCCAAACCUGAGACAAACCGUCUUCCCUUCCCUAAUUUCAAAGGAUUCAAUUCUCUCUCCUCUCCAAAACAUCAAUCUCCAUGGCCUCUUUCUCUUCAACACCCUCUUGUUUUUCACUACAAUACCUGGGUUUUCACCCACAACUUUGCAACUUCACAAAUUACUCAAAAACUCUCUUCUUUCCCCCCUUCAUUUUCUUCUUCCUUUCUGGAAGUUGGUUGCAAAGUAAGAGAUGCCCUCUCUAAUUUAUGCUCUUAUAUUCACUUCCUUUCUCACUUUCACACAACUGGGUGCAAUACCCAUCUCCCAAUCCCUCAAGAAAUCACAAUUAAAUCAUAAAGUUAGCAUCUUUAAUCAUCAAAGUUGCAAUGAAACUUGUGGUAGAUUUCAAGUAACUUUCCCAUUUUACAUAAACAAUGGUUCAUGUGGGUGGUCUAAUCCCCCAUUAUCGGAUUCAUUCCAACUAACUUGCCUUAACUCAACUUCCCUUUUCCUUAACAUUGAAUCCCAAAAUUACAGGGUAUUGGAAUUCUUUUCUGAUGGGGUUUUGGUUGAUUUUCCAGGGUUUUCCAACACUUGCCGCCCUUAUAAUGACUUAAGCUCGUUUGGUUUUGGGGGGAAUGAUGUUUUUGGGGUAUCAAAUGACAAUGUAAUUGGGUUGUAUGAUUGUGAGGAUUCAUCCUUGUGUAAAGCUAAUUGUGAGUCUAAUGAUUUACCUGGUUGUGAUAGGAAUGGGAAUGGGAAUGGGAGUGGGCCAGUUUGUUGCUAUCCAUUAACUGAUCAUAGUGUGUGGCAUAUAGGAGAUGAUUUUGAUGUGUUUGCUAAGUUUGAGUGCAGGGGAUUUUCGUCUUGGGUGGUCCCAAGAGGGAUGAGUUCAGGGAAAAGAGGGGUGAAAUUAGAAUGGGCUAUUCCUAUGAACUCAUCUAAAGAAGUUUGUGAUGUUAAUGCAUAUAGAGUGAAUGCAACUACUUUAAAGCAUGGAAUAAGAUGCAUUUGUGAUGAUGGGUUUGUUGGUGAUGGUUAUGUCAAUGGAACUGCUUGCUUGAAAUCAUGCUUCAAGGAUGGAAAGGAAGAAUUUGGCAAAGACUGUGAACCAAAGAGGCACAACAAAAGAAAGAUGAUAAUACUAGCUGGAGUUCUGACAUCAGCUUUUGCUGCUGCCUCUUUGCUGAUCCUUCUGUGUCUGAUAAAAAGGUCAGUGAAAUCUACCGCGUUUGGGUCUCCCAACAAGCCCCAAUUUCGCAGCACAUUAUCAUUCCGAAAAUCUUGUAACACGCGGCUUUUCACCUUAAAUGAACUAGACGAAGCCACGGGUGGAUUCAACGAGGGCCAGAAAGUGAUGGACAGUUGUGGUGGAAGUGUCUUCACCGGCAAACUUAAAGAUGGUUCUCACAUUGCAGUCCAAAGAGUCAUAUGUGAGAAUGAGAAAGACCUAAUGCACGUAUUAACUCGUGUUGAGCUCUUAUCCACUAUUAUGCACCGGAAUUUGGCUCAUAUAUUUGGUUGCUGUAUUGACUCAGGUUACACUCCUAUGGUGGUGUACGAAUUCCCUGAAAAUGGAACCCUCGAAGACCAUUUGCAUUUGCACAAAGGACAACCAGAAAAGAUUGGUCUUGAUUGGUACAAGAGGUUAAGCAUUGCUGCUCAAACAGCUAGUUUACUUGCUUUUUUACAGCAUGAAGUUUCACCUCCUGUUUCCCAUCAUAAUCUCAAGACUAGUAGCAUUUUCCUAGACCAAGAUUUUAACAUCAAAGUAGCUUGUUUCGGGUUAUUCAGUAGUUUAGAGUUGUAUAAUAGUGAUGUUUAUGAAUUAGGUGUGUUUCUUUUAGAGGUAGUUUCAGGCUCAAAACACCCAGAUAUGGCUACAGUUGCUUUGCACAAGACUAGGGAUGGUAAGAUAGAAGAGAUAGUUGACCCUCUUCUUUACUACCACGAACAGCCUCCUUUUCGGAGGGAUCAGAUUGAUAGAGUUGCUGAUAUUGCCACAAGGUGUUUGCUCUUUGGAGGGGAUGGAAAACUUAGGAUGGUGGACGUUGCACGAGAACUUGUGCAUAUCACGAGGGAUAGUAUCGAUGGUGGUAGUCGAAGAGGGCCAGCGUUGGAGGAGACCUUUUCGAACUCUAGUCUUCUUCAGAUGAUUUCCAUAUCUCCAGAUUCCAUUUAUGUCCCUUAAACAUAAGAUGUUUCCAGAACCUACAUAUGAUUUGUUUAUCAAACUCUGUGCUUAUGAUUGUUUCUAACUUUUGUUUUGAUCUUGUAAUUGAACCUACAUUAUAUGUAUAUGGCUAUAUUUCAUUUAGCAAUGACAAUGAUGUUCAUGUUUAUACACAUUCUCUGAUCUUCUGAGUUC